UGAAAAAUGGGUAUAUAAUGAUGGAAGAGACACAAAGCUAGAGAAAAAGAAAAAGAAGAAGAAGAGAAAAGUCAUGGAUUAUGGUUUACUUAUUCUCACCAUUCUUACAACUAUUCUCAUCACUAAGUUUAUUCUCAGACUCUAUCAACCCAACAAAAACCUUCCGCCGUCGCCACGUUUCUGUCUUCCGAUUAUUGGCCACCUUCACCUCCUCAAACAGCCGUUGCUUCACCGCGCUCUCCUCAACCUCUCGCACUCCCUCGGCCCCGUGUUCUCUCUCCGCCUAGGCUCUCGCCUGGCCGUUAUCGUGUCCUCUCCAGCCGCAGCCGAAGAAUGUUUUUUAACAAAAAACGAUAUAGUCUUAGCGAACCGGCCUCGUUUCACCAUGGGAAAAUACGUGGCGUAUGACUACACUUCCAUGGUUACGGCUCCUUACGGUGACCACUGGCGAAACCUCCGUCGUAUCACCGCCUUGGAAGUCUUUUCAACGCAUCGACUCAACGGCUCAGCAGAAAUCCGACAAGACGAAGUUAAGAGGCUCUUACAAAAGCUUCACGGUUUAUCCGUCCAACGUCCGGCUAAAGUGGAGUUACGACCGUUACUAACGGGUCUUACCCUAAACGUUAUAAUGAGAAUGAUGACCGGAAAGAGAUUCUACGAGAACGAUGAAGGCGGAAAGGAGAAGAUAAGCUUGGAGUUCAGGGAGCUAGUGGCGGAGAUUCUAGAGCUCUCUGGGGCGGACAACCCGACUGAUUUUUUGCCGGCUCUACGGUGGUAUGACUACAAAAAUUACAUCAAGAGAGCAAAGAGGGUUGGAGAAAAGAUGGAUACUUUCUUACAAGGGUUUUUGGAUGAACAUAGAGCUAACAAGGGAAGAUUGGAGUUUAAGAACACCAUGAUUGCUCAUUUGCUUGAUUCUCAAGAAAAGGAGCCUCAUUACUACAGUGAUGUUACCAUCAAAGGUCUCAUUCUGAUGAUGGUAAUAGGAGGCACUGAUACAUCGGCCCUAACCGUGGAAUGGGCAAUGUCAAAUCUAUUAAACCAUCCAAGAGUGCUUGAGACAACGAGACAAAACAUUGAUACUCAAAUGGAACCAUCAUCAUCAUCAAGAAAUCGUCGUUUGUUUAAAGAAGAUGAUUUGGUGAACAUGAACUACUUGAACAAUGUUGUAUCCGAGACACUAAGGCUAUACCCUGUGGCGCCACUUAUGGUUCCUCAUUUCUCAUCUUCUGAUUGUGUCAUUGGUGGGUUCGAUGUUCCACGUGAUACAAUCGUGUUGGUCAAUUUGUGGGCUAUACAUAGAGACCCAACCGUGUGGGAUGAUCCAACGUCCUUUAAACCAGAGAGAUUUGAAGGGAGAGAUCAGCUUGGACAGUAUAGUAGUAAGAUGAUGCCGUUUGGUUUAGGGAGACGGGUUUGUCCUGGGUUGGGUUUGGCUAACCGGGUUGUUGGGUUGGUGUUGGGUUCGAUGGUUCAGUGUUUUGAGUGGGAGAGUGGCUCAGGAGGACCGGUUGAUAUGACUGAAGGUCCGGGACUCAGUAUGCCCAAGGCUGAACCAUUGGUUGUCACAUGCAGACCACGUGAGGUGGCAUCCGAGUUACUCUUCUGAGGAUCCAAGAAUGUUUAGAUUGGAAUUAAGGUUUUAAGAUACUAUAAUUAAUCAUAAUUAAUAAUCUUUGUAAUAAUAAUUGAAUAUACUGUUGAUAAAAUUUACUAUUCGAUUAUAUUGGUGGUGGUUGAAGAAGUUGACAUGAUGUCGGAAACA